UGUUCCCGGAGAUCUUUACAGGGAAUGCCGGGGAGCGUGGAAGCCGUCCCAACCUGCCAGCCCUCUGUGUAAUCCCAAAAGUGCAGUUUGGGGGUUACAUCCCAAACGUGCAGUGUUGACUGAGGCUCCCUGGGGAACUUCUCCCAGCUCUGGAUCACAACCAGCUCUUCAGAGAUGGGCAGGGCAGGGCAGGGCUGUAGCUCCUUCACGUCACUGCCGCGUGUCUCCAGGGCGUGGACUUUGCCACCCAGGACAGCCACCAAAGCUCUGCCUGUCUCUACCAGGGACCCGCGCGGGACAGCAGCUGCCUAAGUGCCCCGGACACAGACAAUAACAGAUUGACCAGAUCCAAGCACGAUGGCAACAGUCAAGGGCGUCUCAACUUUCAGUGCUGAGCAAGAAGCACAGGCACUAAGGAAGGCCAUGAAGGGAUUUGGCACGGAUGAAGAUGCCAUCAUUGAGACCUUGACCAAACUGAACGCUUCCCAACGUCAGCAAGUUCUGAUCACCUAUAAAAGCACUAUUGGCAGGGAUUUGAUUGAUGACUUGAAGUCUGAGCUGAGUGGGAAUUUUGAAAGAGUGAUCGUUGGUUUGAUGACUCCUACCACCAUGUAUGACGUGCAUGAACUGAGGAGGGCUCUAAAGGGAGCAGGGACAGAUGAAGGCUGCCUGAUUGAAAUCCUGGCUUCUCGCACCAAUGCAGAAAUUCGGCACAUCAAUGAGAACUACAAACUCCAGUAUGGCUCCACCCUUGAGGACGACAUUGUCUCUGACACGUCCUCCAUGUUCCGCAGAGUCCUCGUGUCCCUCGCCACGGGUAACAGAGAUGAGGGAACAUUUGUGGAUGAGGCCCUUGCUCAACAAGAUGCUCAGUGCCUGUAUGAAGCUGGGGAGAAGAGAUGGGGAACGGAUGAGGUGCAGUUCAUGUCCAUCCUCUGCACACGGAACAGGUGCCACCUGCUUAGAGUUUUUGAUGUGUACAGAGUGAUUGCUAAUAAGGACAUCACAGACAGCAUAAAAUCUGAGAUGUCAGGAGACCUUGAGGAUGCUUUGUUAGCUGUGGUAAAGUGCUUGAGGAAUAAACCUGCUUAUUUUGCUGAAAGAUUGUACAAAUCCAUGAAGGGCCUGGGCACCGACGACAGCACGCUGAUCCGGGUGAUGGUGUCCCGCUCGGAGAUAGACAUGCUCCACAUCAGGAGGGAGUUCCAGGCCAUGUACGGCAAAUCACUCCACUCCUUCAUUAAGGGAGACUGCUCAGGGGACUACAGGAAGGUUCUGCUCAGGCUGUGUGGUGGGGAGGAUUAAAGGAAGCCUGGGGAACCUGCUGGGUGAUGGGAAGCAGCUGAUCAUUGUUUAGGUUGGAAAAGAUCUUUAAGAUCAUCGAGCCCAAUCACGAUAAAUAUUUCUUUCUUCUUUUUUUUUUUCCCAAAUGCCUUAUUAAUUACUCUGAUUAUUAACUUAGGUUAGGUUAUGCUCUGGUUAGAUAGUAGCCAUUCUGGUUGAUCCUUUUGAUACACUUUUAUGCUUGGAACACCUAUUUGCCUACUAACUGGCCUGGUGAAGCCCAUCUUACACAGAAAGCUUUAACCAAAGGUAUAAUUGUUUCCUGACCAGCUGCCCCUUUGCUGUUGUGUUCACCAGCAAAAUGCAUCAACUAAAGCAAACCUGGAUGCACAGUGUGAGAGGCUACACAAGGAAAAAACCUCAUAGGUACAUGGAGACUGCAGAACAUGGGUUUGCUUCAGUUUUUCAGUAGAAUUAAAACACAAAGAAACCAAAUAUCUAAAAUGCAAGCAUGUUAAUAUAUAAACUUGCCUCUGUUAGUGUGGAACAUUAACAGCCUGGCUGUACUGUGUGUGUAUGUUGCCUGUAGGUCUGUAAGUGGGGAAGUUGUCACUGGUGACAUGAGAAAAACCUUUUUCUUCCCUGAUUAGAGCAACCCUGUGUUUUUGGUCUGUCUGCUGGAUCAUGGGAGUAUAAAUAAUUAGGGUUGUAUUAUAAAUCCUGCUUUGGAUAAAGUGAUGUUACUGGAAUGGUGCCUUUUAAAGAAUGACUUGUCCCCAAAACCCCACCUCACCAAAAACCCAAGUUAAAUUUUGCAGCAAUUUUUAAUUGAGAUGAAUAUAAUUAAAUAAAAGGUUACAUUUAAAUAAAAAUGUAUUCCAUUCUUCAUAAAAAUAA